AUGAUAUUGUAAAUUGAUGUGUUUUAUGUUCCAUAGUAAAUUAAACAGGAAUACCAAGUGCAAAUAAUGCAGGACAUGGAUGUUCUGCUUAAGUGAUUUCCCCUUAAAAUACUUUACUCCAUGCAACUUUAUUGUCAAUUAAGACAUUAAUACUAUCUCCAUUCCAAUCUCCAAAGAUUGUUAAUUCUGCACUGACUCUUAUAUGAUUAUGUUCUAUAUUGGUAUUGUACGUUUUCUGAAGACUUGGAUUAUUAACAUUACAAUUAGCUUCAUGUAUGAAAUGAUCAUUUUAUGGAGAGCCUUCUACAUCAGUAUAAUGGAUUCCCUUUAGUUCACAAUAAGCUCUAUGAGGUAUAUUCCAACCAAGCAUAGAGUUCCUAUUUUCAAAAUCAUCAUGAUGUAAGAUUGUCCAGGUUUGAACAAAUCCAAAUUGAUUAUACAAUGUUGUUGA